AUGCUUGCAAUUAUAGCGAAUGGUUUAGUUCGUCGUGUCAACAGCAAAGGGGAACUGGGGGGAGCGCUACCUGUUGAUGGCUGUCGCCUGACUGUGGAGAUAAGUUUGCGGCGAUAUGCGACUUUCUGGGACAAGAUGAUCCUCGAUUGGGCUUCGGUAUAUGACAAUCCAACUUUUGUGGAUCUCAUGGUUCGAUAUGGGAUUCACAUGAUGGAGGCUGAGACCAGAAUGACACCCAUUGCAUCUCGCCGCAAUGCGUCAAAGUUGCUGUUUGACUUGAGUGUGGACUCAUCGGUUCAGGACAAGCGGGGAAUGCCUGCCUUGCAUAUGGCAGCGGGACGAGGGAACGAAGAUAUUGUGAAGGCACUGGUUUUGAAGAAUGACCGGUGCGCAUUCAUGAAAGAUAUUCAUGGUCGCCUGCCUAUCCACAUUGCUCAAGUGCGUGGAAGGACCGAGGUUGUCUCCAUCCUCUCUGGGAAAUAUCUACCAGACAUACUAGUAGAUGGGCCAAGUAGCGACCUCCCAAGUCGAUGGCGUAAGUGGAGUGAAGGAGGAGAUGCAUCUACUGGAUAUUUGCUAGCUGGAAAUGGCUUGAGAGUCAUGACCGGCUUCGGGUUUUGCGCGGAAGGCCCUGAGAACGAUUUGCAUGGCGAGCGGGCGCGUUCGGAAGGUUAUUACGCGAAUAACGGAUAUAUCUAUGCGGGAAGGGGGAAGCGGAAGGGUUUUGGACCGAAGUAUGGAAAUGGAGAUGUAGUGGGAUGUGGUGUUGACGUCGAUGCACAGUGUGCGUUCUUCACCUGCAACGGAAAGGUCAUUGGUAUGUCGCUCAGUAUCAACUGCCUCUGA